AUGGAUGAUGACUGGGCACCAGCGAUCAGCUGUCCAACCAAAUCGGUUGACGAGGUAACCGAAAUGGGAGUACUCCACACGAAGACCACAACCAGCCUAAUUCGAGCAACAAAUGGGCCAGGAAGGAAUUUGGACACGCUGCAGGUUAUUCGGGCCUGGCGGAAUGCAGCGUUUGGUCCCAGACGCAGCAACAGGAGGAACUGUGUGGUGGAGACAAAAGACUGCAUAUCAGAAGGUGGCAGAAAUAUCCGAGGAAUCGGGAAUCGUGCGAGGAACGAUGAAGUUGUUAGUGUCGUUAGUGGGAAUGAUGAUGAUGUUGACGACGACGACGACGACGAGGAUUGUGGUGGUGUUGGGGAUGAUGGUGGUGGUGGUGGUGGUGCUGCAGCUGCUGCUAAUGCUGCUGCUGGUGGUGCUCGUGGUUGUGAUGGGAGUUAA